AUGAAGAUGGCCUUAUUAAUAUUAAUGACGUUAUUCAUUUGUAUUAAUGGAAUUUAACAGAGUAAUGGAAUGCUUGAUCUCUAAAAUUUAUAAGCACAUUAACUAUUUACAAAAGUAAACAAAAAUAUUACAUAAUAAGAAUGUGUAAUUUGAUUAAGAAUUUGAUGAAAUUCCAAAAGUGGUCGUAUCAAUAAAAUAAAUAAUUGGUGAUUAAUAUGAGCUUUACACUAGAACAAAUAAUAUCAAUUUGAAAGGUAAAUAUACUAUGUUUUACUUAGAUAAGGAUUUGAUUUAUAGAUAAUCAGCUCAUCCAAUAUUGAUAAUAUAAAAAUCAAUUUUCUUGCAAUUAAUGAUAACUCUUUGAGUAUUGUUUGUGAGAAUUACUCAACAAAAAAAGAUUAAAUUAAAGUUCCAAUAAAUAUUGAACAUUCAUAAGUAAUAGCAUUUAUUACAGGAUUGAAAUUCUCAAAAAAAGAAAAUGUUUACUUUAAAUUAAGUUCUAUAACAGACUCAUAAGUUAUUUUUCAAACUUAACAAAAAGCUAUGGGUCUAUGUUUGGUUUUUGGUGAUGAAGAUAAAAUUGCUCAUAAUUAAUCAAUUAUUACAACUACUUUGAAAGAUAAUAACUUAGAGUUUAAUGUUGAAAAUAUUGAAGAUUCAAUCAUAUUGUAAUAUUAAUUCAAUAUUAUGAUUAGACCUUUAGAAAAUUAAAUACUAUCUUUUGAUGAUAUUGUGAGUAAAUUAUCCGUUGAAUCAAAGGAACAAGAAUAAUCAAUUAAAGUAUAAAAUGAAGAAGAAUAAUAUCUUGAUAUUGAUAGUAUCUAAAUAGAAACUGUGGGAUUAAACAAUAUCUAAUAGAAUUUUGGAGAUGAAGUUAUAUAAUCUGUUGAUAUUGAAUAUCUCUAACCUUAAAAAUAGAGUGCAUCAGAUUAAUUGUUGAAAAUAGAAGAAAAUCAUAUGGAAAGAGUUUAAGAAAUAAUAGGUUAGGCAGUAGAUGAAGAAAUGAAAUUAGAAGAACUAGAAGAAAAAAAGUUAUUAACAUAAAUGAAUUAAGUAAAUGUUGUAGAUAUACAAAAUAUCGAAGACACAAUUUAAUAAGAAAUUAUUAUUUAAUCAGCAUAUCAAGUAGUUCCAUAAACUGUAGAUGAGCUUGAUAUGGAUGUAUUAUAUAAAGAAUUCACAUUAAGUUAAGAACUUAAUGAUGAAUUUAUUGAAUAUAAUAAAAAUAUAAUUAGUCAAUAACAAUAAUAAUAAUAAUAAUAAUAGUAGUAAUAAUAAUCAUCAUAAGAAACUCUAGAAGUGAUUGAAUCUGUUGAUAUUGUUUAAGAUUAAUUAGUAAAUGAAAUAUAAUCUGAAAUUAUUAUUGGUAAAACUUAAACAUAAGAAUAAAUAUAAAAAACAGAAUAAAAAUAAUAAUCAAUUGAUGUCCCAUUAUUUGAUGAGGAUUUGUCAUUUGAUGACAUUGAUCUAGAAUUAGAUUUUAAAAAAAAAGAAGAAGAGUAAUAAAUAGCUCCUGCUUAAUAUAUAAUUGAUGUUUAUAAAUAAUUUGCAAAUGAAGAUGCAGAAAAAUUAAAUUAAAAAGUAAAUGAAGAUCGCCCAUUUUUUGAAGUGAAUACAGAAACUUUAACAGAAGAAAUGUCCGAUGAAUUAGAAAAUGAAUUAGAUGGACUUAGAGAUGGUCUUGAAGGAGUUGAUUUUUCUUUAUUUUUCGAUGAAUUUUCUUAGCCUAAUGAAAUGGAUAUACGCAUAUAACCAGUAUAAAAUUAGGAAGAAUAAUAAAAUAAAAAAAUAUAAUAAAAAUAUGAGGAACCUUAAUAAUUCAAAUAACCAAAAGAGAAAAUAGAAGAUGUAAUGAAAGAUCUUUAAAUUACUACAGAUAUUACAACAACAGAGGAUGAAAAAAAAUUAAUUACUUAACUGAAACAGAAAUCAGCUGAAUUGAAAAAGAAAUUAUAAGAAUAAUAUGAUGCUGUUCCUAAAUUGGAAUAAGCAAAGAAAUAAACUGAAGUGUCCAUUCAUCCAAUAGAUGAUUUAUGUAUAUAUAUUGAAUAUAUUUAAUAGAUCCUAAAAUAGAAUCUGAUACCAAGAUAAAUUAUGAAGUGGAAAGCAAGUAUGUUGAAUGGUCAAUGAGUUAAGAUUAAAAAAUACAAUAAAUAGGAUUAGAUCUGACAGAAGAUGAUCUAAGAAAUCCAAGAUUCUCGUUGUUAUAAAUGGAUCAAAAAUCAGAAUUAGAUAUUUAGAAAUAAAUUAAUGAAUUUUUAGGAUUUGAUGACUUAUCAUUUGUUAUGAUAAAGUAAAAUCUAAGGGGAAGAUGA